UGACCAGUUCAGCGACUAGGUUUUGUGUGUGCCUCUUGUCGGAACAGGAGUAGCGGCCAUGGCAGGACCUGGCUCUGUGCAGAAAUCAGAGGAGGAAUGGCGGGCUAUUCUCUCCCCUGAGCAAUUCCGUAUUCUGCGGCAGAAAGGAACCGAGCGCCCGGGCACUGGUGAAUAUGACAAGUUUUAUGGUGGGGGGGACUAUAACUGUGCAGGUUGUGGGACACCCCUCUAUAGAUCCACUACGAAAUUUAAUUCAGGCUGUGGCUGGCCAGCUUUCUAUGAGGGUCUCCCUGGAGCCAUAAAUCGCACUCCUGACCCAGAUGGGAGAAGAGUUGAAAUUACAUGUGCAGCUUGUGGUGGGCACCUUGGUCAUGUAUUUAAAGGCGAGGGUUUCCAAACACCAACUGAUGAACGCCAUUGUGUUAACAGCAUCUCAAUCAAGUUUGUUCCAGCAUCAUCCCAAUGAAGAUAAUUGUGAUGAUUCUUCUUAAAUGAAGAAAAAUAAUGCCAACCCUAGAACAUAUGGUUUCUAUAUGCACAUGAUUCAAAUAAAAACUGGUGUGGUGUAGUGUGGUGUGAUGUGAUGUGAAAUUUCAAUAAAAUAAAUGCUUUAGGUAUCUUGAUGAGCACAAUGAAUGUCAAGGGAUCCUGAGUUAUGAUGUUUUCUUUCUAAUUCAUAAGUCAUGGGUUUAUGGAAC